UGCAUUUCCGGAGGCGCUCGUGACUGGGGAAAAAAUCCAAGAUGGCGUCCAGACGUAAGCAGGAGGAGAAAAAUCUGAAGCAGAUACGUGAGUUGGCGGCGCUGCCGUACAACAAGAAAUGUUUCGACUGCGACCAGAAGGGACCUACAUACGUCAACACAACCAUAGGAUCAUUCGUAUGUACAUCCUGUAGUGGAAUAUUACGUGGUAUAAACCCGCCACACAGAGUCAAGUCCAUCUCGAUGACCACCUUCACCCAACAGGAGAUAGAGUUCCUUCAGAAGCAUGGCAACGAGUACUGCAGAAAAGUCUGGCUUGGUUUGUACGACUCGCGGUCACAAGGCAUGCCGGAGAGCAGGGAUGAACAGAGGGUCAAAGACUUCAUGAUCAAUAAAUACGAGAAGAGGAGAUGGUACGUCUCUCCCAGCGAGAUCCCCCCUCCCACCCCACCUUCCUCCACCAGCAGCGCCAGCACACCUGAAACCAAACCUCUCAAGACAUUGCUGGGAGACAACACACCUAACCUGGUGGUGCAGAACAGUGUGCAGAGUUCCCCUGCCAUCAGUAGACCACAGUCCAGCCAGUCCACGUCAGCGCUGGCCCCCGCACCCAGGGGCUCCCCGGCCCAGCAGAAGAAGUCGGCCACCAUGGACCUACUGGGGGACCUGGGGGGUGACCCCUUCGCUACAGCAGCACCACCCCCCGUACAUGGUCAGCCCUCUUUGAUACCAGGAAUGGGAACUGCUGCCCCGCCCACUGUGGGUGGAGCUGGGGGUAUGAAUGGGGGUUUUGCCAACUUUGACCAGGCUUUCUCAUCGGCCCCGGCACCAGGGUUUGCCCCCCAGCCAAACACAGGCCUGCCCCCCACGAUGAGCAGUGGUGCAGGAGACUUUGGUGCAUUCACCUCCUCCACCCCCGCACCAGCAGCGAGUGGACCGGCCCAGGGGUCAACAGGCUCCGACAAGUAUGCCGCGCUGGCCGACCUCUUCAGCACCGACUCCACCAAUCAGACAAGUCUUGGGUCUGGAACCCCAAACUUUGGGGCAACCUUUUCUGGACAACCUGAGGGGUUGCAGGCUGCCUCCAGACCUUCUAACCCUUACAAUCUAGACUGGGGCCCUGGAGGGGGAUCUACAGGCCAAUCUACACUUGGGAUAAGCUCCAGUAUAGGCAUGAGCUGGGGACAGUCAACCUCUACCACAUCCUCAAUGGCCAGGACACAGAGACUAACAGAGAAACUAACUCUGACAUCCCCCCCCCCCCCUCCCCCAGGAGCAGCUAACCCCUUCCUCAGUAGUGCUGCCCCCUCAUCAACCGCUCCUGCAGCCGGGACAAAUCCAUUCUUCGGUGGCGGCGGGGGUGGACAGCCUAACGGGACAUUUGGGGCCCAACCACAGACAAACAUGGGGGGAGGGUUUGGCCAGCAGGCGCAGAUUGCAGGAGGAACCAGUUUUGGGAGUUUCGGGGGCGUCCCUACCAGCUCAGCAGGGUUCGGUGUCCCCCUCAGUCAGACAGGGUUCGGAGGGAGUCAAGCCGGGUUUGGCCCUGCGGCCACGAGCGCCACACCCCCCAGCUACAACGCUGCGGUGUACGGGGGGGUCGGACUACAACAGGGGGCGCAGCAGCCCGUGUCUAACGGGGGAUGGGGGAACUUCAGCCAGGGGGGAGGGGGGCAGCCACAACCGCAGGCACAGAUGGCAUACGGUGGGCAACAACAGAUGAACCCUUAUGGUGGAGGUGGUUUUGGUGGUGCAGGUAUGCCAGGAAUGUCAGGUGGUCCACAGGGCGGGGCCAUGCCACAGGGCGGGGCAUACACCCAACAACAACAACAACAGUUUACAGGCUGGGGACAGAAACAAGCAGCUGGGAACCCAUUUAUGGGCGCUGCACCACAGGCCAAUCCGAGCAAUCCGUUCUUGUAGCAGAAACACGUCGCCCCACCAGAACCCACGCCAACUGCUGACAACCAACCGUUCCCCCAUAUAGGAGCCCACUUUUAAAAGUUGUACAUAGAAAGCCUACAUUAUGGGUCAGGUACAUGUAUAUCGUUAAGCUGCAGUAUAUAACAUCAAGCAAGUUAACUUCAUCAGAAAAGUGGAAUAAUGACUGAAAAGAAGCAGAACUUUAGUCAUGUACAUUCAUCAAUAGCAAACCACAAGGCGACAAGCAUGUACAUGUACACAAUACUGAUCGUUCACACAUGUUGUCAGAAAAAGUAGAAAGGUUUCUCUCAUUGGAUGUAGUUACAAUCAAUGUUGCUCUUGGUUUUAUAGUCUUUGAUUUGAAGCUACUAGAACUGAGAGAUUCAGUAAGCUUGCUUGUUAAAAACCAUGAAAUUGCGUGUUAGCUUUCAUAUACAGUAUGCAUUUCUACUAAGUGCUCAUAUAAGUCACAAAGACACUCUAGAUCUGCUGUAUGCACUCAUUGUUUUUAUCCUUCACAUGGUUUUGUAGUACUCAUUCAAAUUUCUCUGAGCUGUUUUUUUCUUCUUCUUAGUAGUGUAUAACAAAACAAACUGACAUACAGUCAUUGUACUUUGCGAGUUGAUCCCUUUGACAUGAACCUUGGAGACACUGUUUUGAUAACUUUCCAACCUCAUUAAGAAAAUAAAACAUCAACUAAAUAGAAAGACCAACAUCGACUGAAGAUGUCCUAAGAUACUCCUGUGCACUGUAUAUAGAAGCAGGAACAGUCAAAAGAACUGAUUGAAAUGUAUAUAAAUCCCUGGUUACAUGUAUGUUUGUGACUUGUUUUCCUUCCAUUGAUAUCAUUGUAUGGUUGGAAACACAUCAGUCGAUGAAACUGUUGUUUUUGCUUCAAAUUCUUAUAUUAGGCAAGGUCCUUGUUAAAAAAUGGAAAUUCAGGCAACCUGAGGUGUGUGUUCAGCUGUCCAAACUGCUUCUAACUCUUUGAAGAACUUUUGAAGAAGCUUCAGAAGCGAGGCUAAUAUAUUAUUAUAAUGAGGUUAGCUAUGCUGAAAUAAAUGUCAACUUCCCAGUCAUCCAUCACAGUUGGUUUGUUUAUUCAGAUUUGCAAAACCAACUUAUUUUCUUGGUUCUUUAAAGUAGAUAUUAGGAGGAGGCCCAGAUAAAUACACAUCCAGGACUUGAAACAAAACCUUCACCGCGUUCACUCCUUCAAACAAGGUACAGAUAAUCUUUGCAUAUAAAUAUUCAUCAUUUUUGUUUUAAAUCCUUAAAAGCAACAAAUCAAGACGUUCUGGUUCAAGAGUGGUUGGAAAUAAACAGUCAUUAAUGUUAGGUUAGUUUGCAUUUUUACACCUACUUAUUUCUUCUUUAAGCAAUGUAUAUUAGACCACAUGACUACAUACAUGUAGUGCUGCGUACCUAAACUCAUGUUCACGUCCAAAUUCAGGUUCAGGUCCGAAGUUGUAAGUACAGACUUGGACCCAAUGGCAUAUGUGUGCAUAAAUUUUACAUGCGAAUUAAGAUAUAUUCAUACAAAAUGAUACAUUUUGUGUACGGUCGGUAGUAAGCAGAAACAUCAGUAAUAGUAUGAUUUUAGUUUUAGGUUUAUUGCAGACAAUGCAAUACAUGGAAAACCCAGACAGCUUAGAUGAUAUGGGGUGCCAACAUUGCUUUUAUAAGUCUUGUUCUGGUUUUCUGCACAGGUACGCAGCACUUAUUAUAUCCUAUAUGUUGUAAGCAUAAGUGAUUAUCAUUAUUACAUAAUUGCUUUUAUACAUGUAUUAACUGCAAACAAUGAUAAUUGCCUUUUAUAGCACCGCCAAUGUGAAGUCAAAAAUUCAUCCAGUCUCAGAUAUGUGGUUAAAAACAGGAUAAGAUCCAAAUACUUGAGUAUUUUGCCAAUACUUUUCCAGUGGGCAGCUUUAAACUUUCAAUGAGAAAAAUGCUCUGUCAGUUAAAAAGAAAUGGUCCAAAUUUUUUUUUAAUGUUAUGAGUUAGUGAGAUAUGGAAAAAUAAAAGAGGCCAAAGCAAAUUUCCAGGUAAACUUGUCAGCUUUAGUUUCAGAGAUAAGCAUUGCUCUUUUUAACCCUUACCUUCCUAAUGUAGCCCCUUUAUGGCACUAAAUGUAUCUAUUACAAUGUUACACAGCAGGGGGAGGGUUAUAACAUAGCACUGGUCACUUUUAAUCUAGAAGUUAAUUUUCUGUGCUGCAAAAUUCCAAAUAGUUUUUUUGGAACAUUAUUUGUUUUAAAAUCUUACAGUGUAGCGUAUGUUGAUUUGAUUAUAUGGAUAACAUCUGCAGCAUGCAGGUAUCAGUUUUGGCUGUUUCCAAAAAAAGUUUUCAAUGUAGACUGGAAAACUUGCAGCUGUGAAAUGGGGAAAAACAUAAACCAUAGAUUGCAAUAAAUAAAAAACCAACGUAUACUCAUGUCAUAGAAUGCCAUCAUCAAUUCCAAGUUCAAUAAAAAGAGAAAGUAAAGAAGAAAAAUCAAGACAGUUGUUCAGUAUACCACAUUCUUUGUGUUCAGUUAUUAGUACAACUUCCUGACCACAUAAAGGCAACUUUGUUUUUGGUCAAACUUUUGUUUUUCUCAGCUGCCCGCUCAAACCAGAUUUAGGGUUCCCAGAGGAUGUCAUCCAUAGAAUUAAGUCAACAUGGCCUUAUAGAAAGGGAUUUAUUUCUAUCUAGGUUUAAAGUGACCAAUGUUGCUAUUUUGUAAGAGAAAUCUGUGACUUGAUGUAGUAUUUCUUGUCAAUGUUAUGUCAAAAUAUAUGCAUUUUCAUAUUCAUCCUUGUGUAUGGAGCUUAUUAUUUUAGUUAACUAUACUGAAUAAAUGCUACAAAAACUGCACUGUCAUAAAAAUGUACAUCAUUGUUAAGAUUCACUUACACGUAAUACAUAUAAGACUUAGUUUUGCAUAUGCUAAAUGUCUAACAUUUUGAUUUUGAAAUUCUUAGUUCAUGAUGUUCAAGAUUUCAAGUGGGUUUUCCAUCCUGUAUUGUUGCUAAGGUCAAUCAAACAUGUCCAUGGACCAGAUCACAUUUCAUUGAACUGUCAAAAUUGUAUGAACAUUCUUAACUGUACAGCAUGGACAAAAAAGCUGUGAAACUCAACAAUAUAUGACUCUAAAUAAAAGCCAAUGUUACUUUAAUGUUUUUAUAUAUAACCUCUUCAUGUUGCGCUAAUAAAAAAUAUCGCUGAACUUUGUUACGCAGUCACAUGCUAGAAUAUUCCACUUGUCUCCAUUUUCUAUUGAAACAAACUCAGUAAAAAAUCUGGAUGUCUGUGGCCUAUGUGUUGUACGUUUACAGAAUAUUUGUAUAUCUUGUCUCUGAAAAUGCUCAAUAGUUGUACUUACGUUAUAUUUGUCAACCCUAGCAGCUUCCGCAUGGAAAGUCAAAUUUCUCAACAUAUAGGUGCGUUUUAAGUAAGGAAAUGUUCUCUAUUAUUUCUUAACUGAUUAGGACUGUAAAACAUGUUCCUUAAUUCUCAACACUACAUGUGGAAAACAAGCCUUGAUUGAUAAUGGUUAUAUGUGUUCAAUAAAGUUUGAAAUCAGGA